GCACGGAAAAUUACGGACACGCAAACAUUAGGGAAAUACGUCGAGUGACACAUCUUUAUAGUAUCUAAUCUUUGGCUUGGCAGUCCUUGGCAACUAGAAAGCAAAAAAUGUGCAAGAAAAAAUAUGAGAAUAACAGGACAGGCAAGUGGUUUAGUUUGUAAUUAUAUUGUAUUAAGACAUAGCAUAAUAUUUUAAAUCAAACUCUUUAAUAGUUGUUGAGAAGUCGAAGCAAAAGGCCAUUAAAUCAAGUACGAUAUCUUGACCUUUCAAGUACCAAUAUCGGUAAAGUUAAUUUUAAUACUGUUUUGAUUGAGUCUAAAAGUCAAUUUAAUAUGUAUUUUAUUUAUAUUCAGACCAGACUGCAGAGUAUGGCAGUUUUCGACGAGAUCUCGGGUGUGCAAGACAAAAAUUCGGGUGUGCAAGUGUGCAAUCCUCAGUUAAUCAGGGGCGGAUUUAGACCGUUGCAACUGUAGCAUAUGCUACGGUCAGAUUUUCCAUAGGCCAGUUCUAACAUGGAUCAUAAAAUCAAUCUAAAAUAUAAUUUAGCAAUAUUUUGUUUACUUUCCUUGUUUAUAUUUCAAGGUUUUAUUUUAUUUAGUUUUAUAUGUUCUAAAACAUUUUAUUUUGACAAAUUGAUGACAUUUAUAAUACGUAACGUUAAUUGUUUUAAGAAUUCCCGCCCGAAAAUACGGUUGUAAUUGCCCGUUUGCGGGUCAUUACGCAAUGGACUAUAGCUUAGAAAAUAUCAUCCUUCAGAAAUACACCGUAGCGUGUUGCCCAUAUAUGAUCAAUUUUCGCUACGGUCAGAUUCAUUAAGGUCGAAUCUGACCGUAGCGAAAAUUGGCAUAUACGGCAUUCUGAUUGGUUUGCUACGGUCAAACGUAGCAAACCAAUCGGAAUGGGGCAAAUGCUAUAGUUUGCUACGGUGGCAUGAAAUUGGCUACUGCUCCAGAACGAUGGAAUAUCUGAUAUUUGUGUUUGGCUCAUCAACAACAUGCUAUUGGGAACCCACAGUACGGUUGUGCGCAUUUCGAAAUGAAAGCCGUCGUAAAGCUAAAGGAUUAAUUUAUAUGCGUCGAGGUAGAAAUAAAAUCAGAUAGUAAAACGAAUCAUUUCCAGUCAGGUAAGCCUUAUGAAUGAUAAGAGAUGCACAUUAUAUUUUAAUUUGAGUUUUACUGUAUAGUGUUCGCUAUUAACUUCGCUUUAUUAAAGUGUUUGUGCGCGUAUGUACAGUAUACCUGCAUGUAUUGGAAUUAAUACGCGAAUUAUGAUACGCGCGUAUAUAUAUCGUGUUUUAUAGCGCGCUAAUAUUUGUUUGUAAUGCAUAUAUAUUCGUAAGAUACGCGUAUUCAUAUCAUACGCGCGUUCAUAUGAUAUGCGUAUUCGUAUGAUACACGCGUUCGUAGAUGAUACGCGCAUUUCGGUAUUCAAUUGAUAAUGAUAUGCGUAUGAUACGAGUAUCAUACCGAUAUCGUAUGUUAAAAUAUACGCGAGCAAUAGUUUACAUUUUGAGAUCAUUUCGGCUUAUUUUUGCUUGAGAAAUGAAUACAAUGAGGACAAAUUUAAUGGUCACAUGCAGUGCUCAGAACGCAGGAAAUGGCAUUUCCGGGCUUCAAAUUUCAAAAAUUUUCCGGGGGGGCAUGCCCCCGGACCUCCCUAGCUAUGCGAGGUCUUGGAAAAUGCUACGGUCAGAUUUUUGCCUGGAUCCGCCCCUAAUUAACGUAGUCAAGUGUGCACUUGUAAUUAAUAGCUACAUCAGGCUACAUGUUCUAAUGAAUUGCGGUCGUUUCGCCAACGAGUCGUUUCGCCAACUGUCAGUUCGCCAACGGUCUCAGGUCGAUUCGCCAACGUUCGUCCACGUUCUUAUGUCAGUUCGCAAACCGAAACGUUACAUAUAUAUGAGACAUGCAUGGAUAUAUAAAUCUAUUAAUGUUUGUAGAAAAUAACCGAAAUAGCAAAUUCUCCAGACAUUUAUGUUUAGACGGUCUAAAACAGGUUUAAUCAGCGGACGCUAAACAAGGGCUAUAACUCACGAAAUGCGAAAGUUUUUAUGCAUAUGAUAUACCAUUCAAUUCAAGUAAACACAACUGAAAAGUUUUCAAACUGAGAGUCAAACAAUACGAAUUACGAAGAUUAGCCAUACUCUUCAUUAACAAAAUUUCACAACAGAGCUAGUGACGCUUUUGAUCACCAACGUUCCAACAUAUUGUCUACAAACAUUGUUUGCGUUUCAUGGUUUCACAUUAUAAAAACGUGAACUAUUAAAUAACCAUGGAUUGUAAAAUAAUUGUUUAUUUUACAAUCCAUGAUUAAACGUUGCGUUGGCGAACUGACAUAACAACGUGGAGGACCGUUGGCGAAUCGACCUGAGACGUUGGCGAACUGACAGUUGGCGAAACGACUCGUUGGCGAAACGACCGGUUACCGUUAUAAUGAUAUUAUUAAAACAAUGAUUGUUUAUUUGUACAAAUAACUAAAAUUUCUGCCUCUCAGAAAACAAAACGUGGUCCAAAUUCUGACGAACAAACCGAAGAAUAUAUAUUUCGAUCGGAGUUAAAAGUCAUUAUGAACACGUACAAAAUAGCGUGUUUUUGACACACUUUGUGUCCUGUAAAAGGAAAAUGUGCAUGUCCUUGUAAUUGAGUUGUAAAUGGAAAAGUGUGCACUCGAAAAUGCCAUUUCCGACAAUGUAGGGACUCCAAAUUUCAAAAAUUUUCCGCUCGGCGCCAACCAUGGUGGCGCCUCGAGAAAAUCGGACCAAUUAUAAGUUCUCUUGUGCCCAUGCUUACAUGCUAUAGAUAGAAAUUCGAAACUUUAAUGGACAUUUUUCAUUUGCGCCCAUGAAUCAGCGUUCCCGAUUUUCAGGUGGUUGUUAUAUUAUACUUGUCUUAGAAGUCCUUAUUUUAAUGCCUGACAAAACUGGAAAAUAUUUGAAAUAUGUUUAAGUGUGCAAUACCAUUGGCCAAAAAAAAUCUCGAGUGUGCACUUGCCGUAUUCUGCAGUCUGGUAUUCAGACGUUUAAUACUGUGACAAGCAGUGAGUUACAUUGAUUAUAAUUUUGCUAUUCUGUAGUGACACUAAAUCAGUUAGAGUUAUGUCCGAAGUUAACAACAUUGAUAGCAAAUCAUAAUCAUUUGGAAAGUGUCCCAAAUUUGGAUUGUUGUCCAGAACUAUGGAAACUUGAUCUUUCACACAAUAAGGUAGUUUUUAAGCACUUUCGAAUUUUACCAGUUAAUCAGACAAAAACAUUUUACUGCUAAGAGAAGAUCGACCAAGCUGAGAAAUAAUAUUUUUGAAACAGUAUUUUCUGAGAAACAAUUGUCAGAAUUACUAUUUCUAAAGUAUUUUAACAAUUCACACAAACCAAUAGGCAAUUCCAGCUUUUAGUUUAUGCCUGCAGGGGAUGAUGGGAAGUAAGAUAUCCAUAGGCAUACGGGAAAGAAAAAAUUAGGGGGGCAGAAAGAAAUUUGCCCGACUUUUUCGGAUAGUGCCCGACACGUGCCGAAAAUUUUUUUUUCUGGAACAAUUUAUUUUAGGCGACCCAUCAAACAAAUUUUCCCAAAAAUCGAAAGAUUUACAUAAUUUCCCACAAAAUUUACAGAAUUUCUCCCAUUUAUUUUUAUAAUAACCAAAUACUGCCCGACUGUGAAGCGAAUGUUGCCCAACUGGCUUUGUUUGCCCAACAAACUGGGGUUAUUAUUAAGAAGGAUUUUCUUGUUUUGACUACUUUUUGCCUGACUUUUGUUGAACAUUUGCCCGACUUUUCGACUUUGUAAUCUUGUUGGGGGGGGCAGCUGCCCCCCCGUCCCGUACGCCUAUGAAGAUAUCAUAUUGCCGAUUAUGCUGAAAAAUGUCAAUAAAAACUACCGUUUGGGGAAACAACCGAAAUAUUUCAAUAUUUACAAGUAUAAGCUAUCACUCCGUGUUUACACAGCCACCAUUUUAAUUUUUUCAGCAUAAUCAGCAAUGUGAUACUGAUACCUUACUUCCCAUCGUCCCCUGCACGCAUAAACUAAAAGCUGGAAUUGCCUAUUGACCCUAGAAGUGCUUAUGUCACGCAAUUUUCCAUCUAAACAUCUAAGGUACAUAAGCAAUUAAUGCAAAUAUGUGGGAUGUACAUAUGGGUGAAAUAUUCAUUGUUUGGCAGUGACAUGCAUGAUCUUCUAAGCCUCUAAGGUCAAUAAUAUUCAUUUCAGAUGUAUACAGCUAUUUCAAUUAAGGUUGUCCCCGAGCAAAGCAGAAAAGUCGAAUAUGAGCGCAAAAAAAAUGCUGGGAAUCGCUAAAAAAUUAAUGAUUUUUUUAGCGAUUCCUAGCAAGUCUUUCGCGCUCGUAUUCAACUUUUCCACUUUGCUCAGCGACAACCUUAAUUAAUUUAUUAACUUUGCCAAAUUCAAAUAACAUUAACACAAAAACUGGCAAGGCAAUCGCAACAGCUUGCGCCAAUUACUGCGAUCCCUAAAUGUUAGAAAAAUAUACUAUGUAGGUACAUAGAAAAAAACAAUUACUAACAAACUAUCAGAUACUUUUCACAUUGCGACCCACAGGACCACUUCCAUUUUUGGAAGCUGACUGAGUCAUGCAGACAGUAAUUAAAAUAGCUGUAUACUGUAUAUGAGCAAUCACUUGUGACUUCCUUUAUUUGAUCAUUUCUGGGAGUUUGAUUACUGGUUGAGGAUAAAAGGUUGAUGGUAGAAUGUCAACGAUCGAAAAAAAUAUCGAGGGUGUUGAAAAAAAUAUUGAGGGUGAAAAAAUGUCAAUGGUGAAAAAGUUAAAAAGACUUGAGGGUGAAAAAAGUGUUGAGGGUGAAAAAAUGUUGAGGGUGAAAAAAAUGUCAAGGGUGAUUAUGGCUCAAGAAUUUGUUCUACCUUUCUGAGAGGGAGGACAUUUAAUUUGAGAGCAACAGAAUAUCAUUUAAAUAUUUAUCUUUAUAUAUACAUGUUGCACUAAAAACCAAUUGAAUAUAAUGGACAAUUUGCAUGUUAGACUAAAUUUUAAUCUAAGUAAGGGAGCGGUCAUUAAUUAUUGGGGGGGAGGGACGGUAAAUUUUUAUAAAGCAGGGCCCAAAAAUACAUAACCCAUCUAAAAUAUCAGUCCAAAAAGCUUGGCCUUCCCAAUGACUUUGGCCCAAAAAAUUGUGGCCCUCCUUUGAGAUUUUUUACAUUAAAAUUUGAUUUGUGAAUUAUGUAAUAAUUGUGUCAUCAAUUUUGGGACAACACGUAUUUCUUAAAUCUCAUGCAAAGUCCGAAAUUCUUGCUCUUUCCAUCCAAGUUCUACAAACUCUCCCCGAUCUUGUGAUCUGCAGAAAAUCGGAAUGUUCUUUUCUUCAAUGCCUGUCCUUCACAAUUAGGAUCUUCAUUGUCUUCCUCAUCUUCAUCGUCUUCAAUGUUAUAUUAGCACUCCCAAUUUGCUGUUCCACAAUAUCUUCUUCAUCAUCAUCGCAUUCAUCGAUGUCGUCGUCACUGGCAUCAUCGUCAUCACGGCUAUCUGCCUGUGAGUUGAGUGAGUACAACGACCUAACAAUGUCUGAUGUUACGAUAUCCACUUUCUCUCGUUUCAAUGCACCUUUUGAGUGCUUUAACUUUCGCUUAGCAAUAUACAAGUCCAGAACAGCAACUUUCAACUUCACCAUGAUCAGCAAUGCAAAUCUUCAAUCAUCCGCAAAGUGAAGCUAGAAAUAAAAAUUUAGGCUGGAUUCCAAAUCCACGUGCAGAAAUGAACAAAUUGCAUAACAAUGUUUAUGAAUCAUUCUAUUUGGAGCGUAAAGUAGCGUACUGUGACACGAAAAAGGACUUCACCCCAUGCAGAAGCUAGAUGUCAGUAUGACAAUGAGAAGAUGAUUUCAAAAAUCAAGAACCAGCGAGAGCAUAUUAAGUCUGAAAAGGAUCCCUUGCAGGCUGGGUAUUUUAUCAGGGAAAACCAUGUGCUAAAACCGCACGAUAGUGAAACAACAAAACAGAAGAUUAUACAUACAAUAUAGAUGACCUUCAAAAAUCUAUUGAUAAGAUUGAAAAGACCUAAAAGAACACCUUGAAAUACCAUUCAUUCAAUAUUUGGGCAAAUUUUGACAGGACAUAAUACAGCUCAUGAUUUUGAUGUAGCUUAGUUAUCUCAGUUGCAGAGUGUCAAAACUGGAUUAACUACUCCACGUACUAGACUUGUGGAACGUCAGAAACCAUGUGAAUCUGUAUUCAGACACAGCUUUUCUGGAAUGUAGAGGACGUCACGCUCAAGAAAGCAGAAUAUUAAUAAGUGAAAGAAACGGAAAAGGCGAAACAUUCAGAAAGAAAGAGAGAGAUACUCAGAAAAAUUGCACCAGAUUUACCUGAAGGAAAAACAUGCCUAAAGGAAGAUAUUCGGCCAGCAAUCGUCAGAAGACUCGAAAAAAGUCAGAAAAGUGUGCAAACGCUUUAGCUUCUUCAGAAUGCAAUCUUUUAGAUGGUCACGCUAGGGAAGAACUGCGUAGGAUCUUAGGUUGGAUGGAAACUGAAUAUGACUUAAGAAGUGGUAGCGAUGAUGAUGAUAAUAAUGAUGAAUCCGAUAGCCCGCGUGCAGGCCCAAGGGAAGAAUAGUGGCCUGCAAGCAAGGCCCGGUAUUUUGUAAAACGUCCCGUUUCAUAACACGCCCCAUUCGCGCGUCAAUUGUCAAAAAAGAACCAAUGACAGUGCUGCUCAACCCAAAUAGUAACAAACAAAUAAAAUGUUGCGGGGUUUUCUCUGCUUUAAUAUUCAAAAUAGAAACAAUGUGUAAAUGGCUGUGUUUUAACUCCAAAAAAGCAAGCAAUGCAGUCAGUAAUUGCUAAAUUUGCAAGUGCUCAUUUUCAACUAAAACCGGAACAGGCAAAUUAGGACGAAUUUCAACAGAAAAUCAGUCUCAAACUUCAAAUCGUGAGGGAAGUCGUGCGACCACAUUAGCAUUAAUGUGUGCUUCGCUGUCGCCAUUGUUAUAAAUAAAUUGUCUCACUUGUCAGAUCGUGUGUGUAAUUCUUGUUGGCGGCGGAAAGUACGAAAUUUAUUUCAGUUAUUUCAUUUGGUAAAGAACUCUACAAAAGAAGAGAGCGUUCAGAAUCCAGAUCGUUUCGUUUCAAACGGCAAUUACCGAUCCAUUACCGUAUUCUGUUUCGCUCUCUCAGCGAAGCCUUGCAAAUCGCAAAGUGUUUCGAAUAGGCUUACAUGCAACUGCCUCUAAAUCUUCACCGCGAAAAGCGCUGUUUUCUUCAGUGCAAGAACAGAGUCAACACCAACCAAAAGAUAAUUUUCUUCAGGAACAUAUAACGUAUCAAGUCUGUUUGAAAUUAAUGCAUGAAACUCAAGUAAAGGUUACUAUAGUUUAUCCCAGUCGUAAUGUUGCUAAACAAUAAACAGUCUGUUCUUGUUCCAUUUUUAAUCAAAAAAGUGAUCAAUUUUCGAAUUUUUUAGCUUAUCGAGAGCUUUUGUGAUGAAUCACUGAUCUAAUUAUAGAAUCCAACAGCAAACAGCCAAUCAGAAUGCCGCGUUCGUGGGCGAACGCGGAAAGUACAAAAUACCGGGCCUUGCUUGCAGGCCACUAUUCUUCCCUUGGGCCUGCACGCGGGCUAUGAAUCCGACGGGAGUGGUGAUAAUUGUGAAAACUAUUAUGGUGAAAGUGGUGAAAGUGAUGGGGAUUGUACUGAUGGUAUUGAUGGUACUGAUGAUAUUGAUGGUACUGAUGAUAUUGAUGGUGCUGUUGAUAUUGAUGGUACUGUUGAUAUUGAUGAUAAUGAUCAUAUUGAUUGUACUGGCAAAAAUGAUGGCGCUUUUAAUGAUUGGAGCAGCAGUUCAGAUGAUAUUGGCCCUUAUUGGAAAUCAUCUACAUGCACACCAUACAGUACUUUGGGCCAAUAUGUGAAUGACUAAUGUGAUUAUUAUGUACGCCCACUUUUUAAGAUAAUUUGAUUGUACUGCGAAUAAUAUUGAAUACCAGUGUAUUUUAUUAUGUAUGUGUACAUUUUGCUAUGGUUUACUUUUAAUUAAUGAUAUUUUCAACAACAAUGCAAAUGCAAAAUUUAAAAAUACCUGCAAAAUUGAGUGGGAAUAAGGACAUGCUUAUAAACGUAAAUAUAUUUCAGAUAUAUUUCAGAUCACUGUUUUAGUGACAACAUUUGCUAUAAGUGUAAUAUAAUAUAAUCUAUAGGUUCAAAAUAAUGUGACCCUCCCUAAACGUCGGCCCUAAAAAUUUCAGCCCACCCCAAAUUGAAGCUAAAACAAUCUCAGCCCUAUUUUCAACCUGCGCAUGCUCACCAGUACAUUUCGGUGCAGUAUAGGUGAAGUGGAAAACAGGCUUAACAAUAAGAUUGUAUGGUGGAUGUCUGAGAUUAUCUGCCAUUUCACACCCGCAACACUUCUUAACAUUGCACUGAAUGACGACAAUGUAGUAGGCAACAUGGUCUCAUUGCACGCGGAAUGGAACUGCGGAAGUAUUGUUCAGGGUGUCCACGGGCCUUGAAAAUCCUGGAAAGUCCUUGAAUUGGAAAAAAGAAUUCCAGGACUGGAGAGUCCUUGAAAAUCAGUAGACGUCCUUGAAAGUCCAGGAAUUAAUUUCCUUAACCUCCAGCUGUGCCAACAUUAGUGAUUUUGAUUAAAAUUACUGAAUAAAGUGAAUUAUUUGCUGGUUAAAUUUCACCUUCACCAAAGGGUGGACACCCUGAAUUUGUUGCUGACUCAAUGCUUCCAGUUCAGGCGGAUGAGUGAAAGGUGUAGCAAGGCCGGAUUCUGGUGAAAAUGGUGGGGGAGAUGAAGCGGUCUAGGUUACAGCUCCAUGGAAUAUCAGGGCUCACAACGUACUGCCUAAAGUCAACUACGUGACGUAUGCAUGUACUGUAGCACUGAUCUGGAAAAUAACACUACUGGAUAGUGAAUGCACUAUGCGUUGAUGAAGCCAGUGGUGGCCAUAUUGGUGUGACCAGCACAAAUCUUCUGUGGUAUUGCUGAAAUGUUAGAAGAGCUUCAAACAGUUUUCGUUAUUGUUGGGAAAGGACACGUCUAGAUAGUUUUACGUCAGGUUUACGUCACUAAAGUUCGAUAAAAUACUCAACAGCCCCUCCCCCCCCCCCCACACACACACCUAAUAAUUUUCCAUACUUAUUUUGAUUUAUUAUUUUGAGAUAGAUACGCUAUAUAUUAAGCUGUGAAUUAGUCAUUGUAUUUAAAUUUCAGUGCACGUAAAUAUAGCUUUAUACCAGUGUCAUGCGUACACCUUAUCCAUAAUUCGCAAUACAACAACAACAACAACAACAACAACAACAACAACAACAACAAUUUUAUUAUAGCUAUAAAUAUUUACAAUAACAAUCUGUCCGCAGGUAGCAAAAGCUAAUCGAGGCGGACAAUUACAAAAUAAUUAAAUUAAGGAUAGAUAUUUGAGAUGUAGUUUACAAAAGGUGAAAGAAUAAUAAGAGAAACUAUAAGAGAGAUAAUAUUACGUGAUUUAAAAUUACGCAGUUGCAAUUUAGCAUAAGCAUCAACAAAAAAUAAUAAAAGGAACAAGGUAAGAACAUAGAUAUGCGCUUACCUAUAAUUUAAUUUAUGUUUGAAAUUUUUUUAUUAUUGUAGCGAGAUCAACAUAAUCCUCCUCUAUAGUAAGUAUAGAUAACAAUAUCUCAUGCAAUUUUCUCUUGAAUUUGUUUUUAGAAGAAUUACACAAAUCAUCAGAUAUACUAUUCCAUAUCCUGACUCCCGUUCUUGAAAAUGACCUAUGUAACUUGUCCAAACGCGAACUUUUAACAUAGAAGUUGCUGCCAGAGGAGAAUCUAGUGUUACAUUUGUUAACUUCACGCGCCGGGAUAAAUAAAUUUGAAAUAUUUAACGGCGUCAUUUUGUUAUAAACAUCGUGCAUUAGCACAGAAACAGACUUAAAAUAAAGCAUAUCGAUAGGUAAAAUUUGAUCAGAAAUAAAAAAAGGGAUCGCAUGGGAUCUAUACUUCCCAAAGUUCAUUAAUCGAAGAGCACGCUUUUGAAGCUUAAAAAUCUUGUUAAGGUAAACCCUAGCAGCUUGACCCCAUAGAAUAAUACCAUACGAGGUAUAUGGUAAUAUAAGAGAUCUGUAUAUAUCCGAUGUAGUACUCCUUGGAACAAAAUGUCUUAAUUUGGCAAUAAUGCCAAUUGAUUUGCUUAUUUUCGAAGCAACGUAGUCGAUAUGAUCUUUCCAUGUGAGGCCACUAUCAAUAAGUACACCCAGAUAUUUAACAUAAUUUUUAUGCUCCAGAGAGCUAAAUGUAUUUGAAUGAUUGUCGAAUAUUUUCAGGUCUACCUGAUAAUCUAACCUUUUCUGGUGAGAGUGGAAAAUGACAAAAUUAGAUUUUUUAACGUUAAGAGAUAAUUUGUUUGCAGUUAACCAAUUAUAUAAUUUGAUUAGUUCGUGAUUAACAGUAGUUUCCAAGGACCUUAGAUCAUUGUCAGCAUAUAAUAGAUUGGUAUCAUCGGCAAACAAAGAGAAUUUUAAUUUAUCGGUAGAGUUAUAUAUAUCGUUAAUGUAAAUAAGAAAUAACAGUGGUCCUAAAACCGAUCCUUGAGGUACGCCAGAGAGCACUGUCUCUUUAUCUGAUACUACAGUACCAAUCUGCGUUGUUUGAAUGCGAUUUAGUAAAUAUGACGAGAACCAAUCAUUAAUAAUUCCACGUAUUCCAUAAUGCUGUAAUUUUUGUAAUAAUAUGGAAUGAUUUACUGUAUCAAAUGCUUUCUGUAAAUCAAUGAAGAUACCACACGUAUACAUGUUUUUAUCCAUAUUUGUUUGAAUUUGAUUCACAAUGUCAAUUAUGGCAUGUUGGGUUGAACGUUUUUCGCGAAAGCCAUAUUGAUUUUCAUAUAGCAUAUUGUAUUCCUCAAAAAAGUUUUUAAGACGCUUAUACAUAACUUUUUCAAAGAUCCUAUUGAAAAUUGAUAAAAGCGAUAUUGGUCUAUAAUUGGAAGGAUCGGUUUCAUCGUCAUUUUUGAAAAUCGGAAUAACUUUAGCAUGUUUAAGUUUAUCUGGAUAAAUACCAGAUUCUACAGAUUUGUUGAUUAAGACAGAUAAAGGGUUACUUAAAAUAUAUCGUGAGCAUUUUAAAAUACGUGCAGGGCAGGAAUAUAGACCAUAUGAUUUGUUCAACGGAAUUGUCAUUAUUUCCAACUCAAGCUCUUUGGGGGAGACAUAAUUAAAUGCGAAUGAAAACGGAUUAGUGGAAUUUGAUAAAUAUUCAUGAAAUGAGGUUGAGGAAUUUGGCAUAGUUUAGAGGCCAGUUCAUGGCCAACCGAGGAAAAAUGUUUGUUAAAAAUGUUUGGGAAUUCUGAAGUAUUAGACGAUAAUAUAUUUCUUUUAGGACAUCUAAGAGACGUUAUAUGUUUGCUACUCUUCCUUUUACGGUUGAUGAGAUUAUUUAUUCCUUCCCAUGUUUUCUUAGUGUUGAAAAGAUUAUCCUCAAAAUAUUUCGUAUAGUAAGCUUUCUUACUCAAACGAGUAAGAAGUGAUAUCUUAUUUCUGUAAUAUUUAUACAUACUUAUAUCACCUGAGCAAAAUAAUACAUUCUUAGUUUUAAUUGAUUUCCUUAAGCCACGUGUUAUCCAUGGUUUUGAUAAUUGUUUACUUUUACGUUUCGAUACUGGUUUCAAGGGCGCGUGCUUAUUGAUUAGUUUUUGUAAUUUAUUGUAGAAUAUUGAGAAUGAUUUAUUAAGGUCAUUCGUUCUUGAGAUGGUUGUACUCAAAUCUAGCUGAGAAAGUUCAGUAUUGAAUUUAACCUCAGAGAAAUUUGAGUAAUCUCGAGAUAAUUUUGUUUGGCUUUCACUAUUAUUAGCACCUAUGUCCGAACAAGUAAUGCAAAACUGCGAGUAGUGAUCGCUUAUAUCAGAAACUAUGUUACCGCUUAGGAUAGAGCUAUCAACGUUAUUUGAAAAUAUAUUGUCAAUAAGUGUGGCGGAGUCCUUAUGCACUCGCGUUGGUUUGUCAAUAGUCGGGGUCAAGUUGAAGCUUUGUAGAGAGAGAAGAAAAUCUUGUGCGAAGUUACAUGAACAGCAACGGAGGAGGUUUAUGUUGAAAUCACCCAUCACAUAAAUAGUUUUGCCAGAAGCCGACAAUUUCUCGAUAGUUUCUUCAAAAUAAGCCUGAAAACGUUCCGGCGAAUUGUGUUGCCUAUAAAUUACACCGCAUAUAAUAUUUGCAUGUUUCGGUUGAAUAAUUUCAAUCCAAAGCGCUUGAAAAGCCUCAUUAGUGCAUUUUUCAAUUAUUGUGUAAUUUAGGGCAUUAUCUAUAUACAUUCCAACUCCUCCAGCAGCUUGAGGCGUUGGAACGUAUUCAAAAUUAUAGUUUUGUAAAGCGGGAUUAAAAUCACUUAUCUCUGUUUGGUUAAUCCUAGUUUCUGUGACACCAAUUACACUAAAAUUAUAAUGUAGUUCAUCUAAGAGAUGUGUUUGUAAGUUAUCUAAAUUUUUUUUAGGCUUCUUACAUUAUUGUGAAAUAAGGAAAACUUAGAAUUAUUUAACCUAUUUUUUAACUGAUCGAAGCUGUGAGGUGAAUAAUAUUUGCAGCGCACUGGUUGUGGGCGUUCUGUAUUCUAGGAAACGGGAAUAAACACUGGAAAAUUGGGAAAACAUUUUUUGUUGCCGUCUAUUUCGGCGUUUUCAACCGCGACUUGUAAAUUUGCAACUUUAAUUGCAUUUCUAGGUCAGAGAUAACUCAGAUUUCAACAUUUCCCCGUGCUAGCAUACCCCCUCCCCUACUCCCAGUAACACACGCCUUCGGCGUUCGUUCCCCCCUCCCCCCAAUCCAAAAAUCUUCCGCAGUCCCUGCGACGGACGCCCUUCUAGCCAAAAUUACCCGGGGUCCCUCUGAGGUAGCCAGUCCGCCCCUGCACAUCAGAACGCAUUGAACUGUAUUAGACUGUAUUAUAGACUGCAUUGGACUCCGCCAUUAGCUUAUGUAUCAAUUGAUUCUCUCGCCUACAAGAACAUUGUUGUUAUUUAAUUCUUAGCUCCAAGACAUAAAUGGUUUGUGUAGAUUUUCUGUUCUUGGCUGUCUUGUUCUUUCCAACAACUGCUUGGACUGGAGUGAUCUCGAAGGUCUCCAUCAAACACACAUCUUAGAACUUAGUCUUCAUGGAAAUCCAAGGCUCGAGAAAGAUCCUUAUUGUAAGUCGUCCGGACAGGUUAGAUAACAUCUGGGGCCGGUUGUUCAACCGAGAAUAUAAAUCCUAGCUGCGUCAGUUGCCAGAGUUUUGCCCCGGGUCCCGCGCAACCUUUUGCGUAGAGGGUGUCCAUUAUCAGCCUCGCCCCCAGGCUCCAAGUCAGACGCGCGGGUUCCGACGCAAGCAGUGGACGGUCCUGGAUUAUCAAAUACUGGUACCUUUAUUUCUAAAUGUAUAUCCUGGAUACUGUAGGGUACAAUAACAAUCCCAUUUGGAGCCAUAAUGUAGGCAGGUAUGCAUCUCGUCUGAAGUCUCUGUAUAGUAGUGUCUCCUUUCCUUGUAGUCUGUUAUAAUAUAUUGUCCAUUUUAUUGUAAUUUUGCCAGAUCGAAUGCAUAUCAUUGAUUGUCUUCCUUUGGUAUGGAUGUUGGAUGGCAGACUCAUAACAUGUAAGCAUUGAAAAACUCUGCAUGAUCAUAAUAGAAAUCGUUCUUCAGCAGCAGCAGCAGCAGGAUGUUGUUGCUUCUUUCGUUUUGGUUUUCAGUUCAGCUGUUUAAUGAAAUUAUUUUUUCAAGUUUUAAAAAUAGUGGGUUAAAAGCUAACAAAUUAAUCUCCGGAUAGUUCCUCCGCAGCAGGGGCGAAACUUGAGGGGGGGGGGGGGACACCCCCAAAGUACAAGUCAUCUGGAUUGGCAGGGCAAAUCAUCUGGAUUGGCAGGGCAAUGAAAGAUUUCAAAUGAUAGAAUGUGGGGUUAAGUAGAUUCCAGGGCUUCCAGAGGGAAUUGAAUAUAAUUUAUAGACCUAAAUUUUACAGAUAUUGGUAAAAAAGAAGGGUUUCAUGCAUGUUUUAACAGGAAUUUGUCCGAAAAAAUUUUUUUGACCCUUAAUUUAAUUGGUUAUAUGCGGAAAAAUGUUUUCGCCCCUUUUUUGAAUGUCCGGAAAAAAUGUUUUCGACUGUACAGACUUGGAAGAUACAGUGUAUAUAUGUAUUGUAGCGACUUCUAUAGUGUUACCCAGUACAUAUUUUAAAUGUUUUACAGUGGAGGGUCAAAACCAAGAUUUGGGCCCAGUGUGGGCUUCGCAGAGUAAGAUUUAGGUCAUCAGGUACGGUUAGGUCCCAGUCUGAGCUAUACUAACUACAGAAAAUAUGCCUUGCUGUUACCCAAAUACACAGAAAUGUUAUCGUUUUCAUUUUUAGGUUUGCACGAGGGGGUGGGUCACUGGUCCUGGUGUGUAGCAACCUCAAAAAGGCAGUUUAUAUUUACAAAAAUAUAGUGGGUGUUUAUGAUAUUGGUAUGCCACACAUCGGCCAUGUGAUGAACAUUGCAUUUUAUUUCUUUAUCAUCUAUUUUGAUUUGAUGUAUAGCUGCAGAAAGACAGCAAGUACGAAAGUUCUUCUCCGAAAGUGAAUUAACAGAACGCCCUGUGGUAAGAUUCAUUCUGCAUGAUACAUUAGUUUUUCUUAUAAUAUAUCUUUUCAUAUUAUGUAACAAGCUUUUUGGCAAAAAUCUUGAGUUCUUGAAUCUUCUUAUAUUAUUCUCCACUUUGAAGUUGUGGAUUUUAAGCAUUUGACAUGAAUUAGUCCAUUACAUACAGUAUAUUGUGUAAAAGAAGUUAUUGCAUGUUUACAAUGUGUAUGAUGUAAACUUGGUAUCAUGUAAAUUCAAAUGAUGACAUUAUUCUGGAACGUUGUUUGAAUCAUCAUUACAUACAGUAUGACGUCAUCAAAGUUUAGUUCAAAGUUUAGUUCAAUCCUCUAUUGUAAAAAAUCUUAUUAUAUUAAUAUAAGAAAUAAGAAGAUUUAUUUAAAAAAAAUCUUAUCUAUAACACUGAGAUAAUCCGUACUGCUGUUUGUAGUGUGAGAACCAACCGGUCCCUAGAAUAGCACGAUCCUUACUGGCAACAUUGGUUGUGGGGUCAAAUCAUGCUGAUAAAUUGUCCCUAUAUUUCAUUUCAUUUGAUUCCAAGUUGAUGCACUAUAACGGAUUAUUUAUUUUUUUUAAACCGACGAGUAUAUUCUGUGUCGUUUCUUUGCCGAAAUUUGUUCAGACGGAUUGUUGAUCUCUACUACUGUAUAAAUUUGACAAUAAUUUUUCAUAGUUACGUUAUUCAAAUUUCUACUUAUUUUCGUCUGAAUUUCUUAGCGUCACAAAAUAUCGAGGAAGAAACGUUUCACUCCAACUCCUCUGCAAAAUCUUGCAGUGACUGGUGUCUUUGGUGAGAAGGUGAAUAUGAAUUCAUACGAUAGUUCCCCUACAAAAUGUCUAAUUUGUAUUUUGUGAUACUUCAUAUUUUAAGUAAAAUCCCAAAAGGCUAUUCGCAACAUAAAGUCAAGAUGCAUUAGAAUUUGAAUCAGCAUAAGGACCUAUUCAGAGAUCUGCCAGGGGGGCUCUAACGUACAAUUGAGUAUAGAGUUGACCCUGAACUAGGCUACUACUUUGCUAUCGCUGCAAUAAUAUUAUUUAGGCUAAUACAUUACAAGAAUGUCUUGUGUCUCUAAAUAUGAAUUUACUUUGUGCUCUCACUAGUUUGCUUGAUAAAUCAAUACACGAAUUUGAUUUUCUAGUUCCAGUUCCCCUUGGGGACAAACAACUACUUAAUAGCUAUACUUUUACCCUAGUAAAUGACUGGCACCAGCCCGAGUACUGAUAGGGAGGACUGUAACUAUAGCAAUGUAGUGCACAGUAGAUUCACAGUAGAAAGUUUUAGAUUUGACGAGUACGACGUAACGACCACUGCAUAAUACGAGAUUCGUUGUUUGGACAUACUCGCCAUCUUCUUGCGCCAUUACGCACGCACGCCAUAAUCUCGUAGUAUAUACUUUGUUUUAGUAUGAGUCUUUUCAAAAAACCCGUUGUCAAUUAACGGCUACGGGAUUUAUUAUAUGAUGACGUAUCCAAAUAAACGAAUGUCGUAGUUAUACUCGUGGUUUAAUUUAAAGCUCUCUAUUAUUAGCAAAGCGACAUCCCAGAACGCUGGGUAUGCAAAUUUCAGAUCGAGUUAACUUUAUGUUGACAAUAUACACUCACUCUGUUGUUUUUUUUUCCAUAAAUAAUAUACUGCCAGUAUACUGUAAAUAAUAUAUAUUUAAAAUCUUGUACUGUCCUUUUCACAAGCUGGGUCUGCAUAUCUUUCCCAUAGACUGAACACUGGAUGAAGAGAUUUUCUUUACACGAGAAAUUAACGCAAGGUAAAGUACUGUUAAACUUUUACCGCGGUCAUUGGAAAUUACUCGGUGUUCACUAUAGUUCUCAGUAUAUUUUAUAUCACUCAUCGUUGGUUUUUAGAGAUUUUAUAUAUGACUUAGCGGUGUACUGUAGAUUCAAUAGAUGUUAAUGUAGAUUCAAUAAGAUGUUUCCGAGAAAUAACGGGCUUUUUGCCGGAACGUAUAUCUGCAGAUAUUACCGUUUAGCGCAUUCAUGCAUAUCUUACCUUCUAUCGCGUUCUAUACGUCUCUGCGGAGGAGAGAGAUGUCGCAGAAAGGUUUGUGUGAACCACAAUAAAUAAACUUGAUAUGUUUCUUCGGGAUAGUUCCAUAAGGUCCCUGGAGUUCCAUUAAGGCCCAUUUCUUAUUGGUCCAGUUUUACUGCAGGAGGAAACCGGAAUACCUGAAGAAAAACUACGACCAAAGUCGACCAAGGCGUUAUAAAAGAAUGCAUGUAGGAAUUGAACCAAUGCAGCCCCAGAGGUGGUGGCAUUAACUACUCACUCACCAACACUCCCAUGUCUCCGUGUUUCGUUAUUAUCCAUUCAUUUGUUUUGUUCAUUCGCGUUCUUGACUUUGAACACAAGGAGUAAACUCUAAAUUGACAUCGUAAAUAAUUUCCAUUCAACAGAACUGGACAGAAGACGACUUCGUUACUUGGCCUUCAAUUUGCAAGAAGAAUUUCGUCUUCAAUCACAAUGUUCCAACAGCAAUGAAAGGUGUAGAUUGAAAUAGUGUUAUCAUUUUAAAAAAUAACAGUACAUUAGGCAUUACGUAAUUUUCUUGUCAUUACAUAAUGUAUAGGAUUACACUUAUAUGCUUAUAUGUUUUCCCGCUCGAAUAUAAUGUUUCUCUAUCGUCUUGAUCACAGUCACAACUUUAUGCUAACCUUGUUGUGCGCGAAACAUGACAUGACGCAAUACAUGUAUAAAAUAAAUGAUAAAUUUGAAAACGGUUAGAGCAAAAAUAUAGGCAAACAAUAUCACAUCCGUGCUUGGCUCAAUAUAUUACGUACCGUGACCUUCAGCAGAGCAUUGACGGACCCUUUCACAUGAACAUCGUGAGUCCGGAAUAAAAAUGGCACCUACAAGGUGUACGUCAUUUGUCCUGACAGCUGGGCUUCUUGUUGCUGCCGAGCGUAGCGAGGCAGCACACUAAUCUCUACACGUGGUGUGCUUACCACGUGACCGCCGAGUUUAUAGCCGCUACAAUCUCGAUUUAUGUCAUUUUGUCAUCCACGGACGGGCCAAAACUAGCUGUUUUGAUAUUAUUUUUUUGUUCCCGGGGGGGUUUGUUCACAAAAUGGCGACUGUUAUAAACGGACAGAAAUAUAAAAAUCAUAAAAUAAUGCGAAUCUCCAUAAAAAUUCCGAGUAAUAUUUGUGAAGAUGAAUGGGUAAAUAAAGCACGGUGUUAUUUUGUGUCUCUGGCGCAAGAAUGAUCGACAAUAUUUUGAAUAAUUCAGGUAAGGAUGGCUUUAUUUCGUUCUCGUAUAGUGAUGUAGUCGUGCCGUGUGCCCUGUCUACCUGUCUGGUGAUAUAUUUUAUAAUACAUGAAGGCAUUUAUAUUUAAAUCUGCUGUUUAUACUUGUUUAGUCACUUUAGUGUAUUAAACUUCGAUAUAGAGGCAUUGAAACAAUAUGAUUUCAAGAAUAUAUCGGCAAUUAUAAUACCCACUGAAUCACUGAUCUAUUCCCAACCAAAUCGACAGUAAUGAUUAAUGCCUUUAUGCUGAUACAAGAAGCAAAUGAACUUUUAGUUUAUUUGUUUAUGUCACUUAAUAUUUGCAAAGCCAAAGGCGGUGAGUAAAUAAUAGUGUUCGGUACGUUCUAUUUCUAGAUGUUUAUAGUUUAAAAACAAACGCAGGAUGUUGUUAAAUCAGGCUUAACAAGAUUCCUAGAGCUACCCAGUGUGGAUUGUUGUCUGCAUAUAUGGACUUAUCAGCAAUUACAUGUAAUAUAGCAUAUCAACUGACUUUUGUAUAAGAUAUGACUUGUAUAAGACUGCCUCAGUUAUAUAUAAAGCCUAUAAACAUGAUAUUCUACUGACAUACAUUGAUAUAUACAUAUGGCUGUGUUACCACAAAUGCUCACAACUUCAUGCAACUUCUUUCUAACAAUAUAGUUUUGCAGUUCUGACUGUUCUGAGUAUGAUCUUAUUCAUUCAGAAAUAUAAGCAUUGCACUGUAUUCAAUGGCAAGCUAUCCUGGAUUCCAGAGCCUUCAGUUAAUAAUAAAUUGAAAUAUCGUGAAGGCUCUGGUUCAACGGGAGGAUUCUUUGAUUAAACUGUGCCAAUCACAAAACAGAAUUAGCAGUUUUAGUACAGAUUUUGGGCGUGUUAACCCAUUAAGCGCCAGCGCUCUCCCCUUGAUGAGUAAAAUCGUCUGGCGUUAGACAGAGUAAAAUACUGUUCAAAGUAGGGUGCAAUGCGACUCAAUGGGUUAAUAUAGUACAUAACAUAGGUCAUAGACAUACAGUUUCAAUACAAUACAAAAUGAUUUUGAACAACGUCAAGGUCAAUGAAAUCAUACAAAAUGAAUUUAUGGAAUAUCAAUUAAAUGUAUUUAAAACAAACAUAAUUUCAACAUCCCAAUAAGCAAUAACAUCCCAGUAAGUAUAAAUUCAAUUCAUAAAUUGUUUGAGUAGCCAAAUUAAAAGUUGUACGAGUGACAAAUCAUUCAAUAAUAUUCACAUUUUAUCAUUUAUAUUAUGUGUCAACUAUCAAAGUCGCACUGUUAAGUAUAUUAAAAUAUACUUUUCAUAAGAUUAGAUGUAAGAUAUAAUUGUACGAAGGUAACUGAGGAACGACGAUGUGUAAGACAAUAAAUCAUACAUACAGUGAAAAACGCUCUUUUUGUAGCACAUCCUACAUGUACAUAUCGGCAGCAUUUUCAUUGCGAUAGUAACUCCUAGUCAUUAAAUUAAUUGCUAUCUUUUGAACUAAUAUUGGUGAGCUAACGUUUCCCGUACAUACUUGUGGACGUGUUGUGUUUCAACAGGAAAACAGAUGAAGAAAUAUUUACAGCAGUUGUUGAACAACGAGAAAAUGACAGGGAAAAAAGUAACAUGUUGUUACUUCUUUUAGUUGUAAGUAUGCUCUUGCAUUGCUUUUAGUUCUAAACGCCUGUUUACACUUGCAAUUUUUGCUACGAUUUUAGGUGCGAUUUUCGUCUUCUGAUGGAUGUGAACGAGUGGAUGAAUAUGAAUUUUCUGAGUAUAUGUACCUUCAUCUCAACAUUCGUAACUUAUCCACUCGUUCACAUCCAUCAGAAGAAGAAAAUCGCACCUAAAAUCGCAGCAAAAAUUGCAAGUGUAAACAGACCUAACUGUUCACCCUGUGAAUGGUGGGUCUAGUAUUCAGAGUCAAACUGAAAGCACGCUUCUCACAUGCGAGUGAGGUGAAGCGAGGUUGCAGAAGUGAAAUGCACUACUAUACAACUGUUUUCACUGACUUCCAUUAUAAGUUACGGCAUAUGCUGCAUCUAUAUACUGCAGUUAUAGGAAGCUGCCUGAAUAUGUACUACUUGUACAAAUUAUUGUUAUUCAGUUGCUUGGGUGCACUAUUGCAUAGGCCCACCAACGUCGGCUUUGCCGUUCCUCAUCAAUGGUAUAGUCAACAACGAAAGCUUGUUCCGUACCUAUAGUCACAUGGCCAUUGGCUAAAACAGUUUUUCUGUAGUACUCCUGUCACAGUUUAAUAAAAAUACACUCUCAUACAUCAACACAUAUUCUGUAUAAUCGAGGAAAGCUAGCUAGGAAAGCUAUGGCAGAAAAUAUUCUUGACUAUUUUGGUAUGGUUGAUUUAAAAUGAAACACCUGUUUAAAUGUAGUUUUGGUGGAACUAACAGGUGCAUGGGCUACUGAUAUAUAGUAGUUAUAGUUACUGAUUUCAAUUCUCCCAAAGUUGCCGCUAUAGUUUGGCGCAAGCUUCAUCAUGAACCAAAUGUCGCAAUACAAUAAAUACAUGUUACUAGGUAUAUAUACAAUAAUAGGAAGACGAAAAUUUUAAUAUUUGAAUUUUUUGGACAAAUCGUUUUGGUUGAAAUUGAAUCCUAAAUUAUUGAAAAUAACUGUUUCUGGAGUGAACUUUUCUUUUGGAUUUGUUUCACUUUGAAUUAUUACUUUGAAAACACAAUCUGAAAGAAGGAUAUUUUACAAUUGUCUACAUACUGUCCUAAUGUGAAUAUUUGAAUUUUCUUUGCAGGCUGCGCUAGAAUUUCAUAUUCCUGAGCAAGUUCUGCAACAAACCCUAGAUAUUGCAAAGUUAACUAAAAUUGGGCAAGUAUCCGCAAUAUAUAUAAUCAAUAUAAAACUUCAGAACCAUCUGUUACUGUGUUAGCAUUAACGAUCUCUCCAAUGACAUUGGAUUUCAGAUAUGUUUGUUUAAGUGUUAAGGAUUCUCCUAAUUAUGGUGAAGGGAUUCACCUAAUUAUGGUGAACGGAUAUUCUGAAAGUUGUCUUUAAAGCCUAUAUCUUAAAAGUAUAUGUUUUGUAACAACACAUUGAAUUAUACUUUAUGAGCAUGCCUAUGGAUAACUUACAUACAUACAGUAUUGCUGAAUGCCAAGAAAUUAUUCACUUCGAAAAUUGAACUGGAAUUUGACUGGAAUGGGCAUCAAGCUUGACUAAGACGAUGUCAUGUUUCAUUGUGGACAGUAAAUUUUAUGAUUGCUCUUCAACACUAUAUAAUAAAGAUUGUUUGCAUUAACUAUACAAGCGCGAGCUGAAGGGGAGUUCAAUUUUUUAUGAAAUGACCAAUUUAGUUUACAGGAUGCUAACUAGUUUUAGCACUUAUGGGUGGAAUAAUAUUGUUGCUGCACCUCAUUAAACAUUGUUUUUCUGUCACAGGUCACAUGAUACAAAGGACUUAUUUUUGUUACCAAAGAAGCAACAAUGUUCUAUGGCAUCCUUACUUCUGUCCGGAGUUAAAAUUGAUCGCGAUGCGAAGCGUGUAAGUAUAUUGGUAAUCUUUAUUUUGUUUAAGCAAGAUAAUCAUAAUCUGGUCUCUCUAGUAUUCAUAUUCCCCCCACCAAAUCUUACCUUUCCACACACCUUUCUGCUGUCUUCACACCGUACAUGUUUUCUAUUUCCACAUCUCAUUGGCAGACGAUGUCGAUCCACCACCAUACUGUUGUUCCAUUUCGUUCAUCACCUCCAUUCUAAAAUUACCUCUAGUCAAGUGGGUCUUUGCUAUCCUGAUUCUCUGUUGAAACAAACCUCUUUCUCUCCAACUUCUGAACAUCAAUUUUUACAUCUACUGGUUUGUGCUGUGUUGCUACAGUCGCUGAUGGUAUCACUUUACAGUAUACAUAACUGUGGAUAUGAUCAAAUGCCCUUUACAUCAAGUGUUAUGCUUACCUAAUUACACAUUUAGCCUAGAUUAUUUUAUCUUUACAACAAUUAUGAUAUUACUUUCCUAACUGUGUUUAUCCUCCCUGCCAACUUUCCCUGUGGGAGGAAACCGGAGCACCCGGAGAAAACUCUGAUCUCAGAGGUGAAAGGCGCUUCCUCUGACAUACCGCGCCAACGAAACCCUAAAAUUUAUGCUGCUGCCUGCUGGUUCAGCGUUGGGAAGGAGGCGGCUUACUGCUACAUUGUGUACCGCUCCAACUGCAAUGCUGCUUCAAGAUCAUGUGCUGCAAAAAAUAAAUAGAAAUUCUUAAAAGGUAAUACCAUAGACGGAUUUUCAUAUUUAUUACUGGGGGUGGUGCCAGAAAUUUUAGGGGGGUGAGCCGUGAGCAGGUGACUGAAGCAACACAAAGUGUGACCAAACCCCAGUAAGGUCCAUAUUCUAGCUAGGGGUGGAGCACUAGAGCCGCGAGGGGGAGUCUAGAGAGCAGAAACAAAGUAUCCCAGGAAAAAUUUGAAAAAAUCAUGAUUUUUAGCUUCGAAAAGUUUUUUGAAGUUGUCAAUUUGUCAUACAAUGGAUUUGGCAUGUCCGAUUGUCUGUUAAGACUUGAGAGAGUUAAAGACUUAAAGUUAAAUAAACCUGUAAAAGUGUAAACCUAGAAGGCCAGUACACAAUAUGCUUUUACUUUUAUAAAGUCAUUGACAUUGUGUUGUUUGAAUCCGAGUACAAUUUAUGAUGCAACUCCGACGUAAAUAAUAUUUGGGGCGUAAAGAUUAAAUCUAGGCAAGUCUAUUUCCUAACAGAAUUAAAAACUAAAAAUAGUGUUCGUAAAAAUCCCAAACGUUCCUUGCGUGCAAGCUAUUCGCAUGGCACAGACCUGCCAAGUUCGGAAGAUAGGAAUGCGUGACCAGGGCCGUUGCGAGGACUUUGCCUUUCGGCGGGGGGAAGGUUAGAUUUACCGCCUGAAUUGUUUCAAUUCACCUGAUUUUGCGAGGCGCUAUCAUGGUUGGCGCCGUGCAAAAAAAUUUGAAAAUUUGAAUUCUCUGGACCGUCGGAAAUAGCAUUUUUAGAGUUUUUCCUUCCCUAGAUUUCAAUGUUUUACUGCUGCCUAACAAUGAAGAUAAGUAAAAUAACUACUGAUCAAUAUGACAGUGUUACUUACAGUUUAAUGUGACUGGGAAAAUUGAGAAAAUUUUGGAAAUUUGGAGUCUCCAGAUCGUCAGAAAGCGUAUUUGGCCAUGUACCCCCAGGCCACGAUGCAUCUGAACGUCUUUAUUUGGUUGGUCGAUUGUUAACUCUAAUUCUAUGUUUGCACACAGCGUUGUCAAUGAGUUAUUGUACGAAAAGUGGGAUAGCGUCAUAUAAUGGUAAAAAUGCGUAACUUUAAGAUCAUUUUAGUUAUGCGUGCGGGACAGCGGGAACAAAAGCAGAAUGCGUAACUUUCACGCGAAAUGCGGGAACCUUGGCAGGUCUGGUCAAUGACAAGGCACUGUAAACUCUAUUCAGGGAAGAUAAUAGAGUUUCAAAACUUUACAAUUGCUCCAAUAAACCAGUGAAUGCAAGCGAGGAGCGAUUAGUUUCAGAGUGUUGCACUUUUUCUGUUCGAGUGUACUCCUAGGUUUAUUUUGUAUCAUCAACACUCUGCACGUUGGAGUGGACUAUUUAAUUAUUUAUUUUUUAUGCCGAAUAUUGGGGGGGGGGGUUGAAAUUUUUUUUGGGGGGGUGGACAUUUUGUUUGGGGUGGUUAUAGCUAAUAUUGGGGGGUAGCACUUGGCGAAAAUCCGUCUAUGGGUAAUACAGGAGUUUAAAUGCGAAGAGAAUGAUAAAAGAAAGGAAAAGAGGAACGUGGAAGAGAACGGAAUAGCAAUGGAAAGUUUAUUUAAAUAAUUAUUUUACACUUUUUAUAUUUCUAUUAUUCCAUAUCAGGAUGAUGGACUUUACGACUGUCUGUAUCUAUGUUUGUACGACCUCGUUUCUGAAUGGCAUAAAUUAACGAAUAACCAUAACAUCCCGAGGUAAGGAAACUGUCUGAUAUGCCUUUCCAUUAAUUAAUUUGGAUGUUUUAGGAAAAUUUUUGCGCAUUUCAACUCGUCCUAUUUUAGUAGAAAAUUAUAUUAUUGUUAUUGCCGAUGUUCUCCAUAUGUAUUUUGCCAUUGUUAUGUUUAUUAAAGGAAAAGUGGAGUGAGAAAUAUUUUGGCAGCUGAGGUUGUGCAGUUGUUUUGCAUUGUCCCAGCAUUUCUUAUGCUUCUUGAGAAAGAUACAGGUACAGCCCAGUUUGUGUGUUUCUUUCAGUAGCGUGUUGAAAUAAAAGUCUGUAUAGGAUUUGAUUGGGACGAAAUUCACUCCAACACAGGAUCACUAUUCAACCUCGCAAGCCAGGCUCUGUACUUCCGGUUCCCUCCCAAACACGCUCCAGCGUAAACACGUUCCAGCGUGUUAGGGAGGGAAGCGGAAAUAGAGAGCCUGGCUUGCGAGGUUGGAUCACUAUUAUUGUGUAUUUUAUUGAUGAUAUGUUCUUGCUCCAAGAACAGGGUAUAACCGAGACAGAGGGAGCAGGAUGCAUUUUACCCUUUCCCAAUUAGCCUUUCUCACGCGGGCCAAUAUCCAUCAUUUUUGGGGUCAUUUUUCGAAACUGAAAAUUUUUCUUCUUACUGUCUUCCCUCCUCAAAGAAUCUAGACAAUCAAAACAACAAGCGACUUUUCAGAUUUGUAACUGUAAAGUUACCAUUAUACACACAACUACAAAGUCGCGUUUCGCGGUGCGCACACACUCAGACCACCUGACAGAGGCAGUACCAUCCCAAAAAUGGCGGAUAAACCGAGCGCACGAAAGGCUAGUUAUGACGUUACAGGUCCCCCAUGCCCCCGGGAAAGUCUAGAUCCGGCCCCCGCAUAACCUCUCGGCGACCCUUUGUUUUGGUAGCUCUCGCCACCAACUGUGAUGUUUCAGUGACGGUGUUCAUUGAAUCACAUAUUAACAUUGUGCAAGCAAUCACAGAGGCAGUACUUUAUAGAAGAUAACUACUGUACUAGAAACCACUACUGAUAACCAGAUAACUACUGCAGUUACGCUGCUUGUAUAUGUCGGAACCAGCUAUCCAGCCCUUGUGAGUGACGUCACAACCGCCAUUUUGGGUGGCAAAUGUUUAGAGCUAGAUAACAUACACCGCAUCCAUUAGCCUUCAAAAUUUCACAAAUUUACUAAUCGGUGGAGCUCCAAUAUUAUUUUGAUUAAUACGAAUUCAGAAAGGCAUUUUUUUUGCGAAUCCACGCAGUCAGUCGUUUCCUUUGCUGUCUGUCAUUUUUGCCACCCAAAACCGCGUGAUUUCUUAGCGUGACAUGAUAUUCCCGCGUGACUGCAAGACAUAACUGAAGAAAAUGUCUUGAACUGCACACAAAAGAUGCCUUACAGUAAUUUUAGUGUAUUUGUCAAUCAAAUUGAAAAGUGUUUUACAUGAUCUUUUAUUUGGAAGGUUUGUUAGAGCUUGUAUCAUCAGCAACAAAAGAGCCUGAUAUUGCUGAACAGGUGUACAGUCUGGUAGCGGAAGAAAAAAGUAAAGGAGUAAGUCGGAUAUUUAUUGUUUGUAGCUUGGUAGCGUGGUUUUAUACUUCAUUUCAGAGUUUCGAUUUCUGAUUAUAAUUUUGCCUGAGUUGACAUUCGAAAUGAGUGAUUGCAGUUUGACUCUUCCAAACACCUUGGCCAGCUGCGCCUGAGUGCAGGCUACAGCUUAAACUAAACAGAUCCUGAUCCAGGGUAGCAAGCACCCAGGCUUUUAAAAUUAUUUUUUCAGAAUAGUGUGCACAAAUGUUUAAUAAAUUAUAUUUGCAAUAAUUCUCGUAGAUUUAUUGCCCGUCUUCGCGCUAAUGCCAUUCUGUUAUUAAAAAAACGCCAAACUGUCCAAAACCUAGCAAAUUUUAUGAAAUUAUUAACUUUGUGUAUUCCGAAUAAGAGGCGAAAUUUUUAGACGUAAAAUGAAAAAUACAGGAAAUGGAUAUGUCACAUGACUGCAUUUACUUUUUCACGGUAAUUAUAUAAGGUAUCUGCAAGUGACGAUGACCUGGCUUGUCACAACUCAUGGCCAGAUUUUGAGGGGAGGUGUGGGGAGGUAGGCACUCCCCUGAGAUUGUUUUGCACCCCCCCCCCCCUGAGAUUUUUUGCACUUCCUCUGAAGUUGUGCACUUCCCCUUGGGAAAGUUUAAAUGAUAGAUCAAAGUGAAAUUUUUAUACGUUGCGUAGAGUCUACACUUGAAAAACUGAUAACUAUUCAUCAUCUCUGUAUCAAGUGCCCUUUUAAUGGAAUAUUUCGAAAUAAACUUUGUAGUAAUGUAAUGAAGAGCAAUAUUGAAUGGGUCGUACAGUCAAAAUUCAUAAAUACACUGAUACAUAUGUACAGUACAUGCAUACGUCAUGUACUUGACUUUAAUAGGGGGCUACAAUCUAAGUCCUAACAUUCGAUGGUGGCCGUGGGCUAGACGCUUCACCUCCCCUAAAAAUAUUUUCACCUGUCCCAGCACUUCCACCGAAAUCCGGCCUUGUUACAACUAUGGGGCAGUCAGUUAUUGCAUUAUUUAACUUUCUAAUGUUAAAUGAUUCUCAAAAACAAAAUCGUUUAAGGAUUAAUUUAGAUUAUAAAGGAUUAAUUUGGAUUAUAAAUUCACUAUAGACAAAGCCUGGUGAAAUGUUACAAGAAAUGGGUUCGUACAUACUCAAGAAAGUGCACAUGAAAUGUUUUCAAUUUCUACACAAACCUGCAACUAUAUUCUCCCCGAGAAACCAAACCCGCCUUUAAGGACUUCGAGUUAUACAAAAUCCGUAAGUAAAAUCAUUGCCUGCAAAGCAGGCGCUUGCCUGCUGAGUUAGAGUAAUGACUUCAGUCAAUGCCCGGUUGGCCUUCAGUUAAUGCCUUGCCUUGCUUCACGUACAUAAUUAUAACGAACGACUGCACAUGAAGAGGACUAAGAUAUGACUUUGGCUUCAUGCAGAUGUUGGGGAGUCCUGCAUAGUCUAACUCCAAAUUCAAAACGUGCGCUUCAAAAUUUCAAAACUUGUUGAAUUAGCCUUUCUCUGGCACGAUGACGAAUAUCCGCCAUUUUUGGAUGGCAUCUGAUUCUCGUUAACCAAUGCAGACAAUUAAAACAAUGUGAAAAGCAAUUUUGUAAAAUAAACUAACCAUUUACAAAGCAAAUUUACCAUCAUUCGUCCAGAAAAUUAUCAAAAGUCACUGUUAUGUGGACUUAUCUCGCAGACUUGGGCAGAAAAGCCACCCAAAAAUGAUGGCGUGAGAAAGGAUAAUUAAGUUUCCUGAAGUUACACAGGCCAAGUUCAAAAAUCAAAUGGAGGCAGUGCAGCUAUAGUUAUCUAAACCUGGAGUUAUACUGCAUGGUUGACAACUCGAAAUAUCCUUGGUUACCUCCAAAACUGAGCCAUGCACCUAUAGUUCUUCUCAUAUAAAUACUAUUUUUAGACUGAACUCAAUAUUGAACAUUUUCACUGUAAUUUGACAUUCACCGUGAAACAAUUGGUACCUGGAAACAGUUUGACAAAGAUUGAAAAUUAGAUCAAAUUGAUUGAAAUUUUAGUCUUUGGAAUGAAGAGCUUGUUCUAUUACACAUUAAAUCUUAGAAAACAAGCUUUCUGGGACGAAGCGCUUAUCCAGUUUUCGUAUAUAUUUAGCUGAACACAAAGAAUGAAGCACCACAGCGUUCCCAGUCUGCAUCAGGCUUUACACGACGGCAAAAUAUACCCAAAACUAAACAGUAAGUUUCCAUAUAUAUAUUGUUAUGGACUAUACUAUACGUUACAGUCAUUGCAUGUGUACUCGCAGGUCUGGUGUACACACUAGCUUCUAUAGGCGACUGAGAUUAUGCAUGGCUACCAGUUAUGCCAGGGAAGGGGAAUGCAUGUUAUUAAUCAAUGGAUUUGUAUCCUAUUGAAGGGGAUCAUGUUAUGUGGUAUCAAGUUUCUGGACAUCUCGCUCGAUAGAACUAACAAUUCGUCCAUUUUUCGCAGCUAUCCUCCUAGUUAGGUCUGAAAAUUGUAUUGAAUUGCUUGAAAUUUCCAUCUACAAAAAUCCUUCAACUAUGAAGUAUCAAGUGCAUCACAGUGCAUAUAUACUCUGUUCCACGUCCAUUUGAUCCAACAUCUGGACAACGGACAAUUAUGAUAUUUCCUACAAGCAUUUUCUACGUUUUAUUAUCGUAGUGAUAUCACAGGAAAGAAGAUUAGAACAUCUUUGUCUCCUAACGUGAAGUCAUUAGAACGGUUACCAGGUUUGUGAUGUAUCAAGACAUCUUGUUUAGAUAUCGUAGUAUGUAUGGAUAGGUUACCGAUAAUGCGGCUAAUUUCUUGUCAGAUUGGGGGGUUGGAAGAACUUUAAGGCGCGCACCCUUCAUUCCCAAAUAAAAAACUCUUUUGAGCGGGAGACUUACAGCAAGUGUAGUUCGAUUCUUGUAGGAAGGCAUUUAGUUGCAUAUUACAUUCCCGUUUUAAAUAGGUCUUGAAAUAUGCUUUGCGCUCGAAUUUCCAUGUCCAAAAACCCAUUAACUUUUAGUUUUCUUAAACUUAGUUGUACCUGUUUUUUCAGCUCAUGGUUUGCAACAAUUAAACAUGAGGAAUAGAAGGGCGGAUAAUGGUAAUCGCUUUAUUUAUGUCAACAAAGAAUUGUUAGUUUGGAAUUGUCAAGGUUAUUGGAAAGUUCGGGAAACAACGAAAGGUUUGUGUUACUCCUCUUCACAUUGAAAUGUUAAUGUGUUUAUUCGUUUUGUGAAGCUACAAUAGUAUUGCUACUGUAACAGAAACGCUGAGUCUUACCAAAUUUUGAAGUGAUUCUGCACAAAAAAUCAGGGACGAUCAUGUGACUGAGAUAAAAAUAGCGCAUACCUGUAUAGUUAACAUUCAACUUGAAGUUCAGUUAUGAUAUUUCAUGCAGCGGUAGUGGUGCAGAAGCUUCCUGCAAAGUUAAUGGAGCUUCGAUGGUGCAGUCGUCAGAGCAUGCGCCUUUCACCUCUGAGAUCGUGCAUGGGUUCGAUUCUCGCUACGGACUCAUGUGAAAAGAGUCAGUCAACGCUCUGGCGAAAGCAGAGUUGUUAACGAGUCCUAUGUUGCAAGUCUAAGUCAAGUCACAAGUCAUUUUCUGCAAGUCCAAGUCAAGUCACAAGUCGUUUGGUCGGAGUUCAAGUCAAGUCACAAGUCAUUUUGUCUAAAUCCAAGUCAAGUCAAGUCACGAGUCAUUCCGAGUGGCAAGUCAAUUCAAGUCAAGUCAUUUUAUGUGUGACCAAGUCACUUCACUUACUCUUUUUGGUUUUCCCGUUUUGACAUAUACUGGGAGAGUCACCGUGACAAUUGUACAUUGUUUACCUGUGCUAUACAUUAGUCAUUACAAGCACACAAUCUAAAAGGGAGUGUGGUUCUAUCGUUUUAAUAAAUGAUUUAACUGAUCUUUCACAUUUAGCCAAUUAACUGAAAUUAAAACUCAAAAGUUAAAGCAACGUUAGCAAUUACCUAGGCCUAUAUUAAAAAUUGCGGUCUUGCGGUUACAAAUUGUCAUUUGUCUUGAAGUAGCUGUCCUUUUUGAAGCAGUCAGUGUAAUUACGAUACCCGAAAGUUACAAUGUUUGGAAUUAAAGUCCCACUGUUUUUAUCGCCACAUGUAGCCAUGUUUUCCCACGCAAAACGGCAAAAUAUGUAAAUAUGGCGUCGUUAUUUUAUGUCAGAAAUUUUACCACGAAAUCGCGAAAAAA